AUGACGGCUCAGCUUUUGCCCUCCGUGGUAACAACUCCAUUCAGCCGACAUUUCGAGAGUAGAACGAACAUAUAUUGUGGCUCAUGGUCAGCUUGUUCUUCUCGUCCAACGAUCUCUACAUCUUCGUUGAAAACGUUCUGCAUUCAUCAAGACCCGCACAUCUCUUCCGCUUCAACGCUCUCGGUAUCGUCUGCUCCUGCGCAGGUAACAAAACCCGAGCGUGAUCUACCCUGCCGUGAGAACAUCCUUCCAAAUUCAUCUUAUCAGACUCCGGCGCUUUCAUCGACCAACGGCCUCAAAGAACGAGCAAACCAUGAUGAAUUCCUGCCAAUCACCGAAAGUUCAAGACCGCACUUCUCCCAUCCCAUUCAUUCAAAUAGACGGAUCGGAACCGGACCUACCCAGAGGUAUUAUGACGGUCCAAAUCAGGCUCGCACACCACUGGCAGAACUGCGUAAUGAGCAGAAGCGCACGCACGGCGGCUCAGGAAAUCGAGAACACUACAGGCUUCGCAAGUCGCUGUCCGCGGAAAUAUCCUGCGCCGAAUUGGAAAAUUGUCAAGAUCUGAGCCCGUAUUCAAGAGAGCAUAUUCGCAACUGGUUUAACGCCGUGGACGAGUCUUCGCAGUCUCUUCUCGAGACAUCGUUGGUCCCAAACGCUUCAGAAGACACAUCAAGGGCAGAGCCGCACUCGGGUUGGCACCGGAAGCGACACUCUAAUGCUUCCUCAGGCUUCGUGCACACCAUGAAAACAGCAAGUCUCAGUAACACAAGCUUUAGCCUGGCCCCUCGGUCGCUCCGUAUCGGCCGUUCAAGAGACAGUUCUUACAUCUGCACCCCCAGCGCAAGACCUUCAGUGGAGAGCGAUCGACCACUGACAGCGGCAUCCGUGGACGAAGCCGCUUUUCGCAGAGCCAUCAAAAGGAGACAAAUUCUCGUCGAGUUAGUCACCACUGAAGAGAGCUAUAUUGGUGAUCUGAAGGCUCUGAUAUACCUGUAUUCGACUCUCCUGGCGACUACGAUGACAGUUACCGAUCGGCUCAGAUCCUCUCUGCUGAGGAACGUCCACGAUCUUCUUUCUGUGCAUGAGAGACUGCUGGAGCGGUUGCACCAGGCUGCGUAUGAAGCUGCAGCACGAAAGUGGGCAGACACGACCUCUCCCCGGCGUCUCGGCUCGCCCACCUAUCACAAGCGGUGGAGAAGCCUCGAGUCCAGCGUCGCAGUCAAGCUCGGACGCGGCAAUCGUCGAACACGCAGUUCGAUGGAGUCAUCCGAAGCUUCACGCGGUCGGACAUAUUUGGGGGGAGCAGAACCGUCUGAUGUUGCGGACGUGGCGAGCGUUUUCAGGGAUUUCUUGAGUGACUUGAUGGUCUACGAGGAAUAUUGUGCCAAUCACAGCCUCGUCGCCCAAGAGCUGCAGCGACAUUCUCCUACACUCUGGUCAACCUACGAGUCGGGAAUCGAAUCCCUGGCACGGUCCCUUGUUGCUCUCGACCACAAACGGCAAAGUGAAAGAAAAGGUUUGACGGUCGGGGAUCUCCUUAUUAAACCGAUACAGCGCAUGACAAAGUACCCUCUCCUCUUUGACGAUCUUUUGAGGCAAACACCAGUGACGGAUUGCCCCAAUACACACUCCGAUCUGGAAGCAAUCUUGACGUGUUUGAGAGAGGUUGUUCAAACAGUCAACAAAGCCACAGAUAACCAUGAAACUCGAACUCAGAUUCAACGUCGAUGGUCGCUUCAGACACGGCUGAUUUGCGACAAAGUAUCUUUACGGGCCGAGCAAUUUCGAAUGCUUGGGAACAUUCAAUUGAUUGGUGUUCUGCAUGUGACUUGGCAAACCCGGAAUACCAAAGUCGACGGUCGCUACGCCCUAUGCAUAUUGUUUGACACCAGUCUCAUCAUUGCGUUGCCCGCAGGAGCCACCGCGAAAUUUGAGGUGAUCGCUUUCUUACAUUUACAGGACACCAGGAUUGAAUCGGCCAGCGAUGGCCGGGGGCUUCAAUGUCACUCGACCGUCUACACAUGGAAAAUAUGUUUCGAGAUGAGUGGCCACUUGCACGAAUUCAUCCUGAGUGCCUGCUCUGCCAUCGAAGAAAAUGCUUGGAGACGGGGUUUACAACGCAAUGAUGCUUCGGGAGGAAGAAUGGACGAGCUGUUGCACCAGAUUCCCUCGAGCAUCAGCCUCAACCUCCGAUCGAUCGGGCAGGUGUACAGUCAACAAAGCUCGACCUUAUCGAGAAAUCCUUCCGUGCAAAGAGCGGCCACAGUGGGAAAUCGAGCCACCGUUUGCCAAGUCAUCAUCCGAAACACCAACAAUCCGCAAGACUUGCACGAGUUUCGCCAGCCGUCUUCUUUGGCCAUCAACAGAUCUCAGUCACAUAUGACGUCCAACAGGGUCGUCGUCCUCGCACCAAAACGGUCGGAGCGAGCGAGGCUUGAGUCAACCUUGAGUGAUGUAUGGACAAAGGAGAAGCUGCCGUACCCAGGCAUGAUUGGCUCUCGCGGCGGCCAAAUCAUCCGAGCAUCAGCAGGUUCGCUGGUCCGAAAACUGAGUCUGGCCUCCAUCCAUGCUCCGUUCUCAAGGCGGUCUGGUAGCUUAUCGCUUACCAGCCGCAAGUCAUUCGACCUGUCGAACGAGAGCCGAUAUAACAGAACGAAACAUUCGACACCUGUCUUCGAAGUUCGCAAAGAAAGCUUGGACGAGAUGACACCCUCGAGAACGAAGUCGCGUGAGGUACCCGAGGUGGACACCAUGGAUAAUGUGGUCAGUCGGAUGAUCGGGGGCAGUGUCACGAGGAAGCUGGCCGUCUCGCAAGGACACCAUGCUCUGACACGGAGAGGAACGAGGAGUCACAGGGUCAGUCAUGAUGCGGCUGGACCCGAGGUUGGGCCCGAGGAUCCAGCGGAGAUAUAUUAUGCUGAAGCGAAAGAGACGCCCGAAAAGCCGGAGAUUGUGGAGGACGGGUUGGCUGGCCGGAAGAAACGAUGGAGCAAUCCGCUUGGGAUAUUGAAGGUUCUCUCGGCGGAUGGACUUCGCCACAUGUUGUAUUCAAGUAAGUAG